AUGGCCUGCGCCGAGGUCCUGCAGACGCCAGCCCCAGAGCAGCCCCAGCCCAUCUCCGCAAGAGCCACCCCCACCACCCCUAAGGCCGCGGACCCUGCUGGGGGUCACUGGGGCUCCGCGGAUGGCGACUUGGAGUGCCUGGUGUGCCGGGAGCCCUACACCUGUACCCGGCCGGCCAAGCUGCUGGGCUGCCAACACUCCUUCUGUGCCGUCUGCCUCAGGCUCCUGCUGUGUGUACGGGACAACACCUGGUCCGUUACCUGCCCACUGUGCCGCCAAGCCACCUCCGUCCCCGGGGGCCUCAUCUGCAGCCUGCGUGACCAGGAGACCGUAGGGGGGCAGCUGGGCCAGCCGUGCCCGGAGGUGCAGCUCUGUCCUCAGAGGCUGGCAGAUUCUGCCACCUCGGCAGCGUGGCCCCCCGGCUUGGUGGGAGAGGAUGGGCAGGAUGUGGCCAAUGCCAACCGCGUGGCAGCCCGACGCCUGGCGGCACAAUUGCUCCUACUGGUCUUGCUCAUCAUCCUCAUCCUGCCCUUCAUCUACCCUGGCAUCAUCCGGUGGGUGCUUGCCUUCGUUAUCACCUUGGCCCUGCUAAUGUCCUCCCUAUUCUGUUGUCACUCCGGCAGCCAGGGCAGGCGCUGGCCCUCCCCGGGGACUCUUUUCUGCAGAGGACGGAAACACAGUGAGAUCUCUUCCAUUGCCUGAGUGCGCUCCAAAGAGACGGCACCUGCGGCCUCUUGGGCCCCAUUAGGCUCACAGUGAACAGGUGAAGAGGCUCUGAACU